AUCUACUCCUUGCAGUUACCCAGUGAGAGUCCUUCAGCGCGUUCAUAGAUAAAUAUCAAGUCGCUAGGAUAUCUAGUGUAGAUACAAAAUUUGUUUUCCUCUACCUAUGUGAAAUAUUAAAACAAAAAAUUCAACUACUCUAUCGUUUUAUGAAUCAAAUCAGUUCUGUUUUUUUAGUUUUAAAUAAUUCCUGUCAUGUUUUUCAUGAUUCACCCACCCUCCCAGUGUAGUGAUUUCUAUAGUUUGUUUUAAUUUCGAAGUGAACCAACCCCCGUCCGAAACCAGUCUAUAUGAUUAUCGUUGUGUUGUUAUUUUUCCAAUCACUCUGUUUAUACCUACAAAAUAUUGUCCUUAAAGUCCAUGACAAAUGGCUAAAUCCUAAGCACGCUAGAAUUCUUAUCGACAAAGAACAGCGGAGACUGCAGCUGUUGGCCCUCAAGCCCAAACACCCAGUUCCUGGAUGCAGCUUUUGUUCGAAUAGCCCAUUGGGGUACUGUCGACACCAUAGCCCAAAUCAACCUACACUUAGACACUUGAAAAAUCGAUUGUUGGCCAAAGGAGGAAGUACUUCUUCAAUUUCAACUUCAACUGCAAUUGGUGAAGGUGGUGAUAGUGGUGACAUUUCUCCGGGGGAAAGCGUUGCAAGUGGUGGAGGUACAGGAAGUGGAGAACAACAACAAUUGCAUAGUGUGGAAGGAAGCAGUUCAGUUUUAUCAACACCGUCUACGUCGUCUUCUUCUUUGCCAUCGCCGUCCUCUGCUUGUGAAGCUCUUGCAAAUUACUUCGAUAGUAGGGACCCAGAUAAGAUUUGUACCUGCUUGAGCUGCACCCACGGUGGAGGCAGAAAUGCAUCCUCGCAUGGUCGUCGCAAUCGUACAUCUUGGGGGACACGAAACGGCACUGUCAUUUGGGGCGAAAGAGUUGUACCUGCUAUUAUCAAAGACGAGAACGGUUUAGAAAUAGCUCCCACAAAAAAACGACGGCAACGUCGUUACGAAAAAUACGGCGGUUUUUACUAGC